AUGCUUUCACGCGUGUACAUGCUUUUCCUCGCCUUCUGCCAGCUCUGUCUGGCAGCGGAGAUCGUUCCUCGAGCGACUUUCUCCGAGGUGACUGGCUUCGGUGCCAACCCGACGAAUACCAAGAUGUACCUAUGGGUCCCCAACAACCUUGCGCCCAACCCCGCCAUCGUCGUCGGAAUUCACUGGUGCUCAGGCAAUGCGCAGGCCUACUAUCAAGGCUCCAACUGGGCUCGUCUCUCUGAGACUUAUGGCUAUAUCGUCAUCUACCCGAGCACCGCAUACACUGCAAGCAACUGCUGGGAUGUCUCGUCGCAGAAGACGCUGACUCGAGGAGCUGGCGGUAACAGUGACUCGAUCGCCAACAUGGUCAAGUACGUCACCGCUCAAUAUGGUGCUGACGCCAGCCGAGUGUUUGUGACUGGCAUUUCGUCCGGAGCUAUGAUGACGGCCGCCAUCGCUCGUGCUAUGGCGCCUGGUUACACUGGCCGUCGCCCGCGCAUGCAGGUUUAUCACGGUGACCAGGACGCGGUGGUGUUUCCCCAGAACUACUACGAGACCAUCAAGCAGUGGGCUGGUAUCUUUGGAUACUCGACAACCCCCCAACAGACUAUUUCUAACUUCCCGCGGAGCCCCUACAACAAAUACGUCUUCGGUCCCAACCUGGAGGGAAUCCUUGGUGUCGGUGUCAGCCACAGCAUUGAUGUGUUUUUCGAUGAGGAUCUGAAAUGGUUUGGUUUCACGCAGCCUCAAGACCCCCGCGACAUCGACAGCAGGCCCUACAAGCACAACGAGGUCGACGACCACGUCGACAGUGGCCCCACCAGUGCCGACCACCAUUGCCACCCUCACUACCGCCGUCACGACGACAGCUCGGCCGACCACUACGGCCUCCGGGCAAGCACCUCAAAAGCGCUGGGGCCAGUGCGGUGGCCAGAACUGGAGCGGCCCAACAGUUUGCGAAAGCCCUUGGACUUGCCAGGUCCAGAACAACUGUAA